GGCUGUCAGGAGACAGCAGGCUGAAUCAAUGAUUAAGCCAGUGGGGGCUGGCCCCAGUGCACGUUACUGGAAAGCAGCUGGAUUCGUCCCAGACAGCCACAAGAUGCCUUACUUGACGAGGCUCAUCUUGUUCUUGCUUUGCCUGGUGGUUCUCGUUAACAGCAGAAAGCCCAGAAGGAAGAGAUGGACGGGGCAGCUGGAAGCAUCCAAGCCGAGCCACCUGUAUAAGAAGAACCUCGAUGUGACCAAAGUCCGCAAAGGAAAGCCUCAGCCGCUUCUCCGCGUGGACGACCACGACUUCACCAUGAGACCAGCCUUUGGAGGCCCCGCUAUCCCCGUGGGUGUGGACGUGCAGGUGGAGAGCCUGGACAGCAUCUCCGAGGUGGACAUGGACUUCACCAUGACCCUGUACCUGCGGCAUUACUGGAAGGACGAGAGGCUGGCCUUCUUUAGCACUAGCAACAAGAGCAUGACCUUCGAUGGCCGGCUGGUGAAGAAGAUCUGGGUCCCCGAUGUCUUCUUUGUUCACUCCAAAAGGUCAUUCAUUCAUGACACCACCACUGACAACAUCAUGCUGAGGGUGUUUCCAGAUGGCCACGUGCUAUACAGCAUGAGGAUUACUGUCACUGCCAUGUGCAACAUGGAUUUCAGCCACUUUCCCUUGGACUCCCAGACCUGUUCUUUGGAGCUGGAGAGCUAUGCUUACACAGAUGAGGAUCUGAUGCUGUACUGGAAGAAUGGGGAUGAGUCCCUGAAAACAGAUGAGAAGAUCUCCUUGUCUCAGUUUCUGAUUCAGAAAUUUCACACGACUUCAAGACUGGCCUUCUACAGCAGCACUGGCUGGUACAACCGUCUGUACAUCAACUUCACCUUGCGCCGCCACAUCUUCUUCUUCUUGCUCCAAACCUAUUUCCCCGCCACCCUGAUGGUCAUGCUGUCCUGGGUGUCCUUCUGGAUUGACCGCAGAGCUGUGCCAGCCAGGGUCUCCCUAGGUAUCACGACGGUGCUGACCAUGUCCACCAUCAUCACGGGCGUGAACGCCUCCAUGCCCCGCGUGUCCUACAUCAAGGCGGUGGACAUCUACCUCUGGGUCAGCUUCGUGUUCGUGUUCCUCUCCGUGCUGGAGUACGCGGCCGUCAACUACCUGACCACGGUGCAGGAGCGGAAGGAGCGGAAGCUGCGGGAGAAGUUCCCGUGCAUGUGUGGGAUGCUUCACUCAAGAACCAUGAUGCUGGAUGGAAGCUGCAGUGAAUCCGAGGCCAACAGUUUGGCCGGCUACCCUAGGAGCCACAUUCUCACGGAGGAGGAGAGGCAGGACAAGAUAGUGGUCCACCUGGCCCUGAGUAAUGAACCUACCUCCUCCAGGAAGCGGGGGCUCCUGAAGAGCCAGGUGGGGCGUCGCAUCUUCCAGAACACCCACGCCAUCGACAAAUACUCCAGGCUCAUCUUUCCAGCUUCUUUCAUAUUCUUCAACUUAAUCUAUUGGUCGGUGUUCUCAUAGGGGUCCCAAGGUUUUGUCUAACAGAGAACAUGGACACUCACAGUGCUGGCCAGCCAUGGACGCAUGAACCUGUUGACCAUGCACCCUCACUUAGAGGCAGCAGCAACUCCCGGACACCGUGAG